AUGACCAUCUACAAUUUGUACAUAUUCGAUCGUGAGGGUCAGUGUCUGUACUAUGACGAGUGGUUCCGAACGAAACAGUCCGGGUUGGCGCCGAUUCAAGAGUAUAAGCUGGUAUUCGGAAUGAUGCUGUCGAUGAAGUCGUUCGUGGAUCGGCUGGCGACGAAUGACUCGAAUCAGACUGUGAACUAUUAUAAAACCUCGGCCUACAAAAUGACGUUUCUCGAGUCGGCGACAGGCAUCAAAAUCAUUCUGAACACGGACCCCAAUGCCACCGGCAUUCGAGACCUCCUCCAUCGAAUCUACCAGGCGUGGGCGGAGACGGCGAACAGCGCCGCGAAUCUGGAGAUGUUCGCGUCGACGAAUCCGCCGAACGAGAGCUUUCUGAAAAGUCGAGUUCGCGAUAUUGUGAUGAAGCAUUCGCUAAAAAUGUCUGUACCAUCCGCACCACCAGACGAGGGAGAGAGUAUUAUUCGGAGUCCGGAUCUCCCAUUCGUUUCCUCUAUCGUCGGAGGCCUUUUCGCUGGACGUGCCGUCGUUGUCAGUGGAAUGGUCCUUCCUGGAUUCGCUUCUGAUCGGAAGAAGCGAGUUCUCAAGACUUGCAAGUACGCUCUACCAAAAUCUUUUUCCAGAUUCGACAUCGAUUUGUGUUGUGGAUUGCUCAUUGAUGGAGACCAUAUGGACAACAAAGCGUUGCACUUCAAUCCACGUUUCGAGGCGAAAGCUGGAUGGUUCUCCGGACCCGCUGACGAUAAGCUAGUGAUCAAUUCCUUCGUUUCUGGACAGUGGGGAGCCGAGGAACGAUUCGACAACCCGUUCAAAGAAGGAGAGCCCUUCCAGAUCAGACUUCUGGUUCUUGAAAAGUAUUUUAAGAUAUCCGCUGGUGGAAAACACGUGUGUGACUACCCCCAUCGAGUUCCAGUCGAGACGAUUCGGACGAUUUCCAUCAAGGGCAACAUUCGGGUGGACUACGUGGAAUUUCAGCCACCGAUCGGAAUCGGAGCCGAUGGAAAGCCCACAAUUGUGGCGCCGAUGCCGAAGCAGGAACUGAUAACGCAGAUUGAUAAGCCGAGCAUUCCAUUCAUCCUACCCCUGCUACCCGGUGGAUUUGUCUCUCCACAAUCCGCUCGUUUCACAAUCACCCCAUUCCUAUCAGCCGAACGAUUCACAAUCAAUCUGAUGUGUAAGGAAGAGUUCCUUUUCCAUUUCCGCGUCGAUAUGCCAAAUCCGUCGUUGAAAAUUAAACCUGGAAUCUUCCGAAACAGUUCGAAAAACGGUGUCAAAUGGCAAACGGAAGAACGAACAUUUGCCACGUUUCCAUUCAGCAAAGGAAUCACUCAUGACGUCGUUUUCACUGCCUACGGAAAAUCGGUGACCGUUGAUGUCGAUGGAGCACCAUUUGUGAAAUUCGUGUAUCGGGAUGGCGAUGAUCCGGCCAAUAUCGAUGCGAUCACUGUGAGAGGAGACGUUUUGGUGCAUCGAUUUGUUCAUAAGGGAUAG